AUGGACAUUUCGAAGCUUACCGAUGUUAAAAAAGUAGAUUUAUGCAAAAAAUAUUUUCUAAUUGGAGCAUGUUUCUUGCCGCUUAUAUGGGUUGUCAACUCAUUUUGGUUUUUCUCUGAUGCUUUCUGUAAACCGGUCAACAAUCAUCGGCGCCAAAUUCGAAAAUAUGUGAUUGGUAGCAUUAUCGGAUCGAUAUUCUGGAUUAUUGUCCUCUGUUCUUGGGAGAUCUUCUUUCAAUACUAUCGCUCUCAAGGACUCGUCUGGACCGACUUCCUCACUUUCGUGUUUCCCACUGGAAGAGUCUGA